GCGUCGCGCGCCCCGCCGCCCCCAGCGGGCCCAGCCGGGAGCAUGGAGCGCGGCCGCCUCGGACCCCCCGCGGGUCCCGCGGCGUUGGUGCAGCGCGGCCGCCCCUGGGGGCCCCCGUGGCCGCCCGCCGGGCCGCUGGUGCUGGCCGCGCUCUGCCUGCUGGGCGCACCCGCCGCCCGCGCCGCCGCCUGCGAGCCGGUGCGCAUCCCGUUGUGCAGGUCCCUGCCCUGGAACAUGACCAAGAUGCCCAACCACCUGCACCACAGCACGCAGGCCAACGCCAUCCUGGCCAUGGAGCAGUUCGAGGGCCUGCUGGGCACCCACUGCAGCCCCGACCUGCUCUUCUUCCUCUGCGCCAUGUACGCGCCCAUCUGCACCAUCGACUUCCAGCACGAGCCCAUCAAGCCCUGCAAGUCGGUGUGCGAGCGCGCGCGGCGGGGCUGCGAGCCCGUCCUCGUCAAGUACCGCCACGCGUGGCCCGAGAGCCUGGCCUGCGAGGAGCUGCCCGUGUACGACCGCGGCGUGUGCAUCUCCCCCGAAGCCAUCGUCCCCGCCGACGGAGCGGAUUUUCCUGUGGAUUCUAGUAACGGGAACUGCAGAGGAGCAAGUGGUGAACGCUGCAAGUGUAAACCCAUUAGAGCUACACAGAAGACCUAUUUCCGAAACAAUUACAACUAUGUCAUUCGUGCUAAAGUCAAAGAGGUGAAGAGCAAGUGCCAUGAUGUGACUGCAGUAGUGGAGGUGAAAGAGAUACUGAAGGCGUCUUUGGUAAACAUUCCAAGGGACACUGUUAACCUUUAUACCAGCUCUGGCUGCCUGUGCCCUCCGCUUAAUGUUAAUGAGGAAUAUGUCAUCAUGGGCUACGAAGAUGAGGAACGUUCCAGAUUACUGUUGGUGGAAGGUUCUAUUGCUGAGAAAUGGAAGGAUCGCCUUGGUAAAAAAGUUAAGCGUUGGGAUGUGAAGCUCCGUCAUCUUGGAUUGAGUAAAAGUGAUUCCAGCCACAGUGAUUCCACUCAGAGUCAGAAGUCUGCAAGAAACUCUCACCCCAGGCAAACACGCAACUAAAUCCUGAAAUGCAGAAAGAACAUCUGUGGGAUUUCUAUUAAGACUUGUAUUGCUCGACUAGCAAAGGAAAAUUGCACGAUUGCACGUCAUAUUCUACUUUUUUUUUUAACCACAAAAACCCAUGUGGUAACUGAUAUAACGUCUAUUUUCUUCCAUUUUCUGCUUUUCCUCCCCCCACUCCACUUUUUUGUGGUCUGGGUGCAGAACCUUAGGUAUAUCUAUUUCAUGUAUCACGGGAAAUUAUUCUUUUCAAUAAUAAUAAAUACAUGGGCAUCUAGGCUUCUGUGAUGGAGAAUAAAUGUGAAAUUACAGUUCUGCACCCAGAUUAAAAUGCAAUUUUGGAGCAAAGAGAGAUUUCUGGCAUACAAAGAAAGCUUGAUAUGCUGUAAAAUAUACUCUGCUGAUCUAAUUACAGCCUAAUUUUCACAUGCCUUUUGGGCAUUCUCACGCUUGCAAACCCUAAAUGUUUAUAAAGGUAAAAUGGCAGUUUGAAAUCAGAUUCCUCACAGGCAAAGCAAUCAAGCACCAGGAAGCAUUUAGGAAGAAGAAACUAUACACAAGAUGAAUUAUUUGCAAGAUUGGCAGGAAGCAAAAUAAAUAGGAGCUGGAGAAAGAAUAUUUUGCCUGAUGGAGAAGAACAACUAAAAGCAGUAGCUGUUGGAGCAAAAACAGUAGCAUUUUUCUUUUGGCACUGCGUUUGAUUUGUUUAUGAAUAUGCUAAUCAGCAGUACAGGAUCACAUUGUAACUAGACAUCUGCUGUUAUCAGCAUAUCUCAUAGAAUUUGCUUCCUUUUAAAGAAUUCCAUUGGUGUUAAGAAAUAGGGCUGGAGAGAUAGUACAACAGGUAGGGUACUUGCCUUGUAUGUGGUCCACCUGGGUCCAAUCCCUGACACCCCAUACGGUCCCCUGAGUCCACUAGGAGUGAUCCCCACAUACAGAUCCAGGAAUCAGUCCUGAGCACUGGGUGCAGCCCCAAAACAAAACAAGUCUAACUUGCUGUGUUGAUCAGGGGAAGACGUAUGUAUGCAUGUGCAUCAGAAUUUUUAAGAAAAAGUUAUGUAACUCUAUAAAGUAUUUUAGUUUCAGGACAGUAAAAUGUGCCCAGUUUUCUUUUUUGUUGUGUACAUGUGCAUCUGUCCAUAUGUGUGUGUCUAUGAACACACACCCAAGCUGGAUUGAAUUGCAGGUCAGUGCACUGACCUGCACUCUGGCAUUUGAAUUUGUGCUGUUUAAUGCUCAACAAAAUGCCUAAUAAAAGGAAUUAUGGUUGUCAGAAGAGAUGUUAUUCUGACUCUUGAACGAAAUGCAUAUUCUCAUUUUCCAAGCUGCAGAAGGGUCUCCAGAGACCAGGAGGACAAGCAGUUCUUUUACUUCCUUCCUCCAGCAGUGUUGGUAGAGCCUGUGCUAAUCAUCUGCAAGUCUUAUCUCCUUCAACUUUCAUGUUUGAUAUUAGUGGAACGAAAUUUCCAAGCUAUGAAAUGCUGAAAAUAAAAUACUGAUGA